AUGUUUGAACGUGAGGACGGUCUUAAGAUUAAUGCAAAUGUGCUCGAACAGUUGCAGGAGUGGAAUUUAAUUCCUCGUGAAGGGCAAUAUUUAUGCGCUCGGGGCCAUCCGCUGAAAUUGUUGGAGUGCACUGCAUCAUCGGAUGGAUUCGUUUGGAGGUGCCGUAAAAUUUCGAAGUCUGGAAAGCAAGUGCGAACGUGUAAUCAGCAAAUUUCAUUAAGAAAAAACACAUUCUUUGAUAGGUCGAGGCUAUCGAUGGUGAAGCUCAUUGCAUUUUCUUACUUUUGGUUGAAGAAUGUGACACAAGAUUUUAUAAUUGAGGAGUUAAGUAUUACAAGACUGACCGCAGUUGAUUGGUGUAAUUUUUGCCGUGAGGUAGUGUAUGACGGCAUGGUUGUAAAGGGGCGGAAAAUUGGAGGUGUCGGGUCUAUUGUUGAGAUAGACGAAAGCAAAUUCGGACGCCGGAAGUAUCAUCGUGGACACGCUGUUGAAGGGCAAUGGCGGGAUAAGGAAACUUUAUUGGCAGUUAUAAAGAAUUGGAUUGUUCCUAACACGACCAUAGUUUCCGAUUUUUGGAAGGCGUAUGACUGCCUAAGUGAUGAAAG